AUGGAGGCAGAGGGCAGCAGCGUGCCGGCCCGUGCGGGCAGCGACGAGGGCAGCGACGGCGCCGGAGGGGCCACACUCAAAGCCCCCAAGCACCUCUGGAGGCACGAGCAGCACCACCAGUACCCGCUCCGGCAGCCCCAGUUCCGCGUUCUGCACCCCCAUCACCACCUGCCCCCGCCACCGCCGUCCUCACCCCAGCCCCAGCCUCAGUGUCCGCUGCAGCCGCCACCGCCACCCCCUCUGCCACCGCCACCGCCGCCUCCGGGGGCUGCUCGCGGCCGCUACGCCUCGAGCGGGGCCACCGGCCGGGUCCGACAUCGCGGCUACUCGGACACCGAGCGCUACCUGUACUGCCGUGCCAUGGACCGCACCUCCUACGCCGUGGAGACCGGCCACCGGCCCGGCCUAAAGAAAUCCAGGAUGUCCUGGCCCUCCUCCUUCCAGGGACUCAGGCGUUUUGAUGUGGACAAUGGCACAUCUGCGGGACGGAGUCCCUUGGAUCCCAUGACCAGCCCAGGAUCCGGGCUAAUUCUCCAAGCAAACUUUGUCCACAGUCAGCGUCGCGAGUCUUUUCUGUAUCGAUCUGACAGCGAUUAUGACCUGUCUCCGAAGUCAAUGUCCCGGAACUCCUCCAUUGCCAGUGAUAUACAUGGAGAUGACUUGAUUGUGACUCCGUUUGCUCAGGUCUUGGCCAGCCUGCGAACUGUACGAAACAACUUUGCUGCAUUAACUAAUUUGCAAGAUCGAGCACCUAGCAAAAGAUCACCCAUGUGCAACCAACCAUCCAUCAACAAAGCCACCAUAACAGAGGAGGCCUACCAGAAACUGGCCAGCGAGACCCUGGAGGAGCUGGACUGGUGUCUGGACCAGCUAGAGACCCUGCAGACCCGGCACUCCGUCAGUGAGAUGGCCUCCAACAAGUUUAAAAGGAUGCUUAAUCGGGAGCUCACGCAUCUCUCUGAAAUGAGUCGGUCUGGAAAUCAAGUGUCAGAGUAUAUAUCAAACACAUUCUUAGAUAAGCAACAUGAAGUGGAAAUUCCUUCUCCAACUCAGAAGGAAAAGGAGAAAAAGAAAAGGCCAAUGUCUCAGAUCAGUGGGGUCAAGAAGUUGAUGCACAGCUCCAGUUUGACGAAUUCAAGCAUCCCGAGAUUUGGGGUUAAAACUGAACAAGAGGAUGUCCUUGCCAAGGAACUAGAAGAUGUGAACAAAUGGGGUCUUCAUGUUUUCAGAAUAGCAGAGCUGUCUGGUAACCGGCCUUUGACUGUUAUCAUGCAUACUAUUUUUCAGGAACGGGAUUUAUUAAAAACAUUUAAAAUUCCAGUAGACACUUUAAUUACAUACCUUAUGACUCUGGAAGACCAUUACCACGCUGACGUGGCCUACCACAAUAAUAUUCAUGCUGCAGAUGUUGUCCAGUCGACACACGUGCUAUUAUCUACACCUGCUUUGGAGGCUGUGUUUACAGAUUUGGAGAUUCUUGCAGCAAUUUUUGCCAGUGCAAUACAUGAUGUAGAUCAUCCCGGUGUGUCAAAUCAGUUUCUCAUCAAUACAAACUCUGAACUUGCCUUGAUGUACAAUGAUUCUUCUGUCUUGGAGAACCAUCAUUUGGCUGUGGGCUUUAAGUUGCUUCAGGAAGAAAACUGUGAUAUUUUCCAGAAUUUGACCAAAAAGCAAAGACAAUCAUUAAGGAAGAUGGUCAUUGACAUUGUACUUGCAACAGACAUGUCAAAACACAUGAAUCUACUGGCUGAUUUGAAAACUAUGGUUGAAACCAAGAAAGUGACAAGUUCUGGAGUUCUUCUUCUUGAUAAUUAUUCUGAUAGGAUUCAGGUCCUUCAGAAUAUGGUGCACUGUGCAGACCUGAGCAACCCCACGAAGCCACUCCAGCUGUACCGCCAGUGGACAGACCGCAUCAUGGAGGAGUUUUUCCGCCAAGGAGACAGAGAGAGGGAGCGGGGCAUGGAGAUCAGUCCCAUGUGUGACAAGCACAAUGCGUCUGUGGAAAAGUCACAGGUGGGCUUCAUAGACUAUAUUGUUCAUCCUCUCUGGGAGACAUGGGCCGACCUCGUGCAUCCUGAUGCCCAGGACAUUCUGGACACUUUGGAGGACAAUCGUGAAUGGUACCAGAGCACAAUUCCUCAGAGCCCCUCCCCAGCACCUGAUGACCAGGAGGAAGGCCGGCAGGGUCAAACCGAGAAGUUCCAGUUUGAACUAACUUUAGAGGAAGAUGGCGAGUCUGACACCGAAAAGGACAGUGGAAGUCAGGUGGAAGAAGACACUAGCUGCAGUGACUCCAAGACUCUCUGUACUCAAGACUCAGAGUCUACUGAAAUUCCCCUUGAUGAGCAGGUGGAAGAGGAAACAGUGGGGGAGGAAGAAGACAGCCAGCCCGAGCCCUGUGGAAUAGAAGAUCAUUCUCCUGACACGUAA